AUGAGCGAGCCUAACCCCAAAAGACUGGCUUGGGACAACUCGGGGGAUAUCCUCCAAGGUAUGCUGGACCGGCAGGUCGCACCAACAUCACCGCAGUUAGAGUUCUCGUCGGAUGGGUUUUUAACCUCUGAAUAUGCUCUAAGCGAUCCAGCGUCUUUUCUGGGCCUGCAAUUCGGUCCCGAUUCCGCAGUAAUCCCGCACAGCCAUCUAUCUAUGCUCAACCAAUGGCCACCACAUCACCAGCAAGCAUCAUCACCACCGCCUCAGCCCAGCCUGGAUGUUUCUCAGUACCAUCACCCGCGGUUAACGAGCAAUCAAGAUGCGUGGAACCCACUUCAAGUGACAGGCGUGCCGGUGAGCACGUCGACAUGGGGGUUUCCCAACGCGAAUAAGCUCCAGCAGACGCCCAAGGGUGGCCGCAAAAAUUCGACGGGGCAGCACAGCGCAAUCUCCGAGAGUGACAGUCAUUAUAAUGGCUUCCACCCCUCGGAUUCAGGAUACUGCAGUCGCAGCUGUACCACGCGUUCGGUCACCACGUCGUCUUACGCAGUUGAUUCCGUCAGCAGCCCAUUCUUGGCGCCGCAUGAACAUGAACAAGAAGAUCGAGCAUCAAUGUUGGACCUUGGCCCAUCCCACUGUGGCGACACAGUCGUCGAUGCGCUGGAGAUAGUCGAAUCACCAUCUUUGAUGUGUCAUGAUGUGAUUACAUGUGAUUACCCCAACUGCCCUUGGACGGGCAAAUGUCCAUCCGAUAAGAGGUAUGUUUACUCUUUUCAGCAUGUUUUAAAAAAUUCACUCUGCAGAAGAAUCAUAAAGUUGACUGGCAGCAGGAAGCAUGAAGCGAGACAUAGAAAGCUGUUCAAAUGCGACGAGCCCGGUUGUACGCGGAAGGAAGGCUUCGGUACCAUCAAUGAUCUUGCACGACAUAAAAAGUGCGUCCACAAACAGGAACCAGAACGCGGCCCCAAAGUGCUGUACAUGUGUUUUGGGCGUAACUGUCCACGCCGAGGUAAGGAAUGGCCCCGGUUGGACAACUUCCGUCAGCAUCUCUCCCGGAUGCACAAUGACGAGGAUACCAGUGAAUUACUGAAAAGGCCAUCUAAUCAGUCAGGCCUUCAACCAGUUGAGGACCCCCAGACUCAACGGAGAUAUUCCACCUUGGAUAGUACACCAAGCAUUCCUGCAAGAGAUACUACGCAGCGCCUUGAUCUACCGGCCCUGACGACCCUCAAUCUGGGCUCUACCACGGACCUGGAUCCUUCUUCCACUUCUUCUCGGCUAGGACACGCCCAACCUGACAGAAUGGAAAAUAUGGUAUCCGAGAUGGCUACUAACAUGGUCAACGCCAUGGCAAGAAUGAUGAACAGCAGUAGCAACGAUAACGGUAACAGCCAGCGCAGACACAGCCACCAUAUGGGCGACAAAGUAGAGACACUUGGAGGGAAUGACGGAUUGUCCGAUCAGAAGCGGGAGAUUAUGCAGAAGAUUUUAUCUGCAGCUCUAGACCAAGUGUCCGGAAACCCAGAGCCUAGUCAGGCUGAUUCGCAGACGGUGCCUGACAGUAAGUCCGACAAAAAAGGCUGGAUACAAUGCGAAUUCUGCACGAAGCGCACGCGUCUGCGCUGUGAAAUGAAGUAG